UUCUAUCCGGCAGAGGACAGAGUGAAGAUGGCGGUGUCCCUGAGGUGCUUUCUCCGUACAGGAAAGAAUGCCGUGUCGGCGCUGCAGCGGCGGGGAUUUCACAGGACCCUUCCGGCCGCAGUGCAGGUGACUGUCCGUGAUGCCCUCAACCAGGCCAUGGAUGAGGAGCUGGAGAGGGACGAGCGGGUGUUCCUGAUGGGUGAGGAGGUGGCUCAGUACGACGGAGCCUACAAGGUGAGCAGAGGCCUGUGGAAGAAGUAUGGAGAUAAACGCAUCAUUGACACUCCAAUCUCAGAGAUGGGCUUCGCUGGCAUUGCAGUGGGAGCUGCCAUGGCCGGCCUGAGACCCAUCUGUGAGUUCAUGACCUUUAACUUCUCCAUGCAAGCCAUCGACCAGGUCAUCAACUCCGCAGCGAAGACCUACUACAUGUCAGCUGGUCUGCAGUCGGUGCCCAUCGUCUUCAGAGGACCCAACGGAGCAUCAGCGGGUGUCGCUGCACAGCACUCGCAGUGCUUCGCUGCAUGGUACGCUCACUGUCCAGGUCUGAAGGUUGUUAGUCCCUGGAACUCAGAAGAUGCUAAAGGUCUCCUGAAAUCAGCCAUCAGAGACGACAACCCCGUGGUGUUCCUGGAGAACGAGCUGAUGUACGGUGUUCCUUUCGAGAUGUCGGAGGAGUCACAGUCCAAAGACUUCACCAUUCCCAUCGGCAAGGCCAAGGUGGAGAGACAAGGGAAUCAUGUCACUGUGGUCACUCACUCUCGUUAUGUCAGUCACUGUCUGGAUGCCGCCGCUGUCCUCGCCAAGGAGGGAAUCGAGUGUGAGGUGAUCAACCUGCGGACUAUCCGUCCCUUGGAUGUGGAGAGUAUUGAGACCAGCGUGAUGAAGACCAACCACCUGGUGACAGUGGAGGGCGGCUGGCCUCAGUUUGGCGUCGGAGCAGAGAUCUGCGCCAGGGUCAUGGAAGGUCCUGCCUUCAACUACCUGGACUCUCCAGUCACCAGAGUGACGGGCGUAGACAUCCCCAUGCCGUACGCCAAAAUCCUGGAGGACCACAGCCUGCCGCAGAUCAAAGAUAUUAUCUUCUCUGUCAAAAAGACCCUCAAUGUCUGAGACACACACAAACACACUUAUGGGACAACCCCACCUGAAUCCUCUUUGUCUUGUUCACACAGAUGGUGGAAACUUAGUCUGGUAAAAUAUUUUAACCAGGUGUAAAUACAGCCAAACAAUUUCUUAAGAAACGCUCCUGACUAUAAAGUUUCCAACCAGAUGUUGGUCAAUGAAACGCACAGCUCUUCAACCUGCACCCAGAGCGGAGGACACACAGAGUCCAGUCAAGUCAUUGCCUCUGAUACAAACUUAACCGAACUCUGCAUGUGGCUCUGGUUGCUCUGUCCACUUCCUCCCCUUCAAAGUAAAAGUUGCUCUAUCCUGUAGAUCUUUCUGUGAUGUUUGGCGACGACAAAACUGCUGAGUGAGAACAAAGAAUGUCAGGAUUUGAUCAGUCUGCAGGUCAGAAUAAUCGUGUGAAUUUAACUUCCUCAGCCCACCAGAGGAACUAAAAUAAAAAGCUCAGUGAGAUUCUUCAACUAAUUUACAACUUACUAAAAAACAGAUAUUUCCUCAUCUAAAUUAGGAACUUUUCUAACAGCACAUUUUUUUCUGGCCAAGGCCUUUAUUUAUGUUAAUCUUCCCCAAACCUAGAACUGAAAAAGUACUGACGCACUUAGAAUCUGACAAAACAUUUCAGACUAGAGCAAAGAGUAUCAGAAAAUCUGACUUAGUCUCUGCAUGCUCUCGAAUUUAGACUUGCAGACUGACUAAAACUUAAUUUGUACUCUCAGUAGUUAUGUUGUUAAUAUACUCCCAUAUAUUUCCAACCACCAAAACAUACUGUAUCAGUCUAUUAACUUGAUUCCUCGCACUUAACUCGGUCCGGCUCUAAAAGCAGCAGAGAAGAAGAAUGAACCAGCCGAGCACUGGAGGUGGAGUGUGGUCAUGAAUAUUUAUUGUAGCUGCAGCAGCUCUCUGGAUGUUUUUGUUGCUGUAAAUGACUCUGUUACAGAAAUAAAAACCUUUCAAUC